GUAGAGAUAAACAGAGAUGCUCAACUCAGCCAUAUUUCACUAAAAGAAACUCUGGUUCAAAAGUAUCAAAAGGGAGAAGGUGGGAACAGCCAACACAAUGCAGGGUAUAAUCUUGCUAACGAUGGUCGUUUUAUCUUCUACGUUCUCUCUCCCAUCUCGCAAGGUAGGUAGUUAAAAGGGAUGUAGUUUUUACGGUUCACUGUUGUAACGACUUACGGAUUUCAAUUUUUUCGCCUAACGACUGAAUUUUUGGGCCGUUUUACGGCUAACGGUUGACCUCAUUCAGACCCUAAGUUAUUGCAAAGGUAGUUUCGUAUAUUUUCGAAAAUUAUCUCCGAUUAUAACCCCGCUAUAAAGCGAGCUCGCAAGAAUAGAGCAACAUAAGAAGAAACGAAACACCCAAAAGAAAUAAGAGUAAAAGGAUGCAUCGAUAUGCGGACUAAUUUAAAGAACUGUACGUUGCAAAGUUAACACUAAAUCUUUCACUUGACGCGAACUUUAACAAAGGUUCUUUAAAGAAAGUGAAGAUUUGUGCAUUCUUUAAAAUAAAGAGAGCUCUUUUCUAUAGAUAUAGUUCCUUUUAUAGGGAAAACUCAGCCCAUCGUCGGAGUUUAUUUAGAUAUGCGUGGAUUUGUGGAGACCACGUCUUUAGGUCGUGUCUUAUUUUUCGGGUUAUUACAGGAUGAACCACAACAAGACUUCGAGCAGAAAAUAAUUAGUUCAGGUGAGGUAAAAGUAAUGUAUGGCUUGUGCAAGUUAUGAUAAAGCGUCUUCUUCACUCCCUACAAUCUCCCUUUUAGCAAAGGCUAAGUUCUUGUGCGAGAUUCCAUACUCUCUUAUUGGCGAAGUUUGUCCCUUAUAAUUUCAAACUGAAAUUAAACCAGAAGGCUUUGGGUUGAUGAAUCGCGGGCUGAGAUUUUUAAAACCCAACUAACACAUGUAAUUACACUCCGAUCCGAAUGAUUGACGUGUAUAUAUGAAAAAGUCUUACUUUUAGUUUCUCUUCAGUGAGACAUUUAGCUGUUUAAUUUAGGGACUUGAAUAACCGAGGAAGGCCUCUUAAAUUGAUCAAGCUGUGGCAUGGUUUUUGGGAAACAAAAAGAACGUUUGUGGCCAUUCGGAUAAGUAGGAAGGGGGAAUGGAUGUUUUUUUUUCUGUAUAUGUUAAGAGGUAGCCAUAUUCUCAUAUCUAAUGUAGCUCUAUGAGGUCGAGUGCGUGUUCCCAUGGCCACUUGAUUUCCCCGCUUCCCUAAAAAAAUUAAGUUAUAACAACUUAGCUCUGAUGCUUCCUCGCACAUUGAAUUUUGUCAUUUACAGAAGACUUUACCCGUACGCAGAGGAACCUUGUGCAGUUUCACAACAUGAUUAAGUGUACCACGUCACGAAGUUCUGUGUAUUACGUCGACUAUGGCUGUUAUUGCGGUUAUGGAGGAACAGGAAAUCCAUUAGAUGCUACUGAUAGGUAGGCGCAGUCAUAUCAAACACCAGUUCAUCUGUAAAGAAUCACUUGUUUAUGUACUGCAGAAGACACCUUCUUACCCACAUGAGACUUCAUCCCGAGCCACAUCUCUGAGAUAAAUUUUUGCCACUGCAGCAUCCCCGCUUUCUUGUUAUAAAGCGAAAUAGAUGGGCAUUCCUUUAUUUCCCUUCUAGGAGGGAAACGGAUUUGAUUAUAGCAAAGCGCUUGUGAUAAGGUAGAGUUCCCCUUAAGUAGGAAAUCUUGGAAAAUUUCUUUAGAAAGCCAUCAGCACCAUUUCUGGUUUCAAGAACCACAACAAUCUGAUAGAGGUAGUAAAUGACGGUAGUUAUAAAAUGCUCCAAUUUCAGAUGCUGUCAAGUUCAUGAUGAAUGUUACGGUCGUAUAAUGAAAGAUCCAGACUUGUGCACGUUCUCUUCGUCUGUUUAUUGGAAAAUAUACAGUAGAGAUGACACCUGUACUGGUUGUGGUAAGUCUAGAUAAGUUCAGCACUUUUUUAUUUACUUAUGAGUCUUUCUAACUCUUGAGAACUUUCGUUUAUUUUAUUGCGGUACCCGAUAGCAGUUCACUUGAUAGAUGUCACUGGGCAAAAAAUGUGCGAAUUCUGUUUAAAAGAUGGGAAUUGAAGCAAUACCAAUAUUUUGUACCUUUGUAAUUUUUCGCAAUCGAAUUGAAAGAAUCAGUGUAAUAAAAUGCACACUGGUUUUCUAUUUUCCUAUCUAAUUUGAAAUUAUGGGAAUGCUAUAUCGCUGAUACGCAUUUGUAAACUAUACAAAGAUGUCCCGAUAAUCAGUCUUCUUCUCAACGUACUCUUUACUUGAAAACAAAAAGCAGAAUGUUUGUAAUUUUGUUAUCUUUUAUUUGUUCGAAGAUUUAAAUAGACACAACAAUUAAAACUAAUAUUACUAUUACUAACACGUAUGGUUCUUAUUUGACGAAACUCAUGCAGUUGAUGAAGAGGGUUCAUGUGAGCGAGCCAUUUGUGAAUGUGACGGAGCAGCAGCCAGGUGUUUUGCCGAGUCGGAAUGGAAUGAAGAGCAUUAUAACUAUCCAUCCGAACACUGCUGACGCACAGAAUUGAAAAUACACCAGCAACAACAGUUAAGAAUCGGGAGAAAGAGAGAGAAAAAGGAACAAACUUCUUAUGAUUUAGCUUGACAUAUUACACACAAAAUUGUAUGAGAGCCUGUAAUGACAAUUAAAGUCGAGGGAAAACACAAAACUGAGUCUGACUUAAUUCUAAUUUUGUAUGUAAAAGGGAUGUUAAGAUCACAUUCUAGUAAGACGUACAUUGUACAAGGAAAAAGUACAGCUUCUCCCGACUCGUAUUUAGUCGAAGGUCAGGCAGAGGAUGUUAUUCCUCAUAUUAUUACCAAAUAUCAGAAUAAAGUGAAGUUCAUGAAGAGCAUGUCCUUUACUAUUCACCGUAAUGUUACCGUGGAUUAGCGAUCUGGAGCCCAGGGAACUGCACAAUCCUCUUUGAUUGACAAGAAUGUUAUGAGGCACAAAAGCUCAAAUCAGUACACAAAGAAGUACCUUUUUUCUCAGUUAAUUUAGUCCCCAAUACACAACAAAUAACACGGUAGCGUACACCAAAUAAGUUUAUCUGGGGAAGCCUGCCGAGAACCAACCCGAGGCAUACAUAGCCCGAGGCAUCCGUACAUACAUACAUUCGCAACUGAUAUACCAUAUACAAUCCUGAUAUACAGUCAAUUCCUUUCACAUUCAAAAAUAGGUAUACAUUACUAACAUGCGAACUUCACCAAGUCGGGAUUAACAGAGAUGGACAACCGCUUACAAGGACAUUACUACGGUUAUAUACAAUCCUGAUACACAGUCAACUCCUUACACAUUCAAAAAUAGGUAUACAUUACUAACAUGCAAACUUCACUAAGUCAGGAUUAACAGAGAUGGGCAACCGCCUACAAGGACAUUACUACGGUUAUAUACAAUCCUGAUAUGCAGUCAACUCCUUACACAUUCAAAUAUAGGUAUACAUUACUAACAUGCAAACUUCACCAAGUCAGGAUUAACAGAAAUGAGCAACCGCUAACAAGGACAUUACUACGGUUAUACGGAGGCCAGAAAAAACCCCUUUGGGGAAAAAACAUGACAGGAAAUCUGGGUAAGAACCAUGCCCCAAACUCAGUGCAGUUGGCAGCCCGUCCUACGAGACUUCACAGUUAAAGAAAAUGUUUUUUUAAACUAAAAUAAAUUUGUCAUUAGCCAGAGGUGGACGGUUGGUUCUGAAGCCUAGAUGGACACCACGUGCUAUACUCCCCCUUCUAUACCACUGCAUCAUUACCCAUGAUGCUCGGGCCUAAGGCCCGGGCCUUGUCGUAUCUCGUGCCGACAAAAUAUUUAUUUCUGCCUUAUUCGCAGACUCUAUCGUCAGAAAUACCAUUUUUUUUUACUAAAAACAAGUCCAUGUGCUUUUAGCCUAUUUAAGCAUUGCCCAGGCGUCGGUGGUAUAGUGGUGAGAAUAGCUGCCCUCCAAGCAGUUGACCUGGGUUCGAUUCCCGGCCGACGCAGCCAUUUUGUCUAUAGUGCAAACAUUUAUGAACAAUUUUCGUUUAACUUUGGUUUGCCCCUGUUAAAUGUAACACGACUGUGCGACUCCUUACUUCCUCCUUGAAUGCAUGAACAUAAGAAAGGCUGGUUGGCGAAUGCUAUUUUCUUUAGUGAGCUAUUCCAUCAUUUUAGGAAUCCUGCUGGCUGAUCAAGAGUUGUUACAUAUUAUUUUUUUCAUUUUAAUUCGUUGUCAAUGCCUCGUCGAUAUUCAACGCCACAGAAUUUCGAACGUUUUCACCGCUCCACCCAACGACGAUUUCAUAUUUCAACCUCAGGAUUUGCGUCUUCACGAUGACAACAUUACAAACGUUUCUUCUUUAGCCACAGAACAACCUGUAGUCGCGUCGGUGGUAUAGUGGUAAGCAUAGCUGCCUUCCAAGCAGUUGACCCGGGUUCGAUUCCCGGCCGACGCAAUGAGGCUAAUUCAACUCUUUUUAAACUAAUCCAUUUUUACAGUAAGCUGAACUAUAUACGCAUUUGAUUGGUUGUUCCUUAUGAUCUAAUGCAGGACAGAAGUUUAGAUGACAUCACCUUAAAAUUUACUUUUCCAUCUCAUAAAAUAUGUAUAUUCCAUUUCAGCGCGUUGCUGAUCAAUACAGUACUUGUUCACAGAAGACGUCAAAAUAUGGUGGAAUAUUCUGACACACUCGGCUGCGCCUUGUUUGCCAAUUUUUCUUCCAAUCACAUUUUGUCGUUAUCUCAGUUGAUCUGUUCCUGAACAGGCGCAUGGGAACAUGGAAUCUGCUUACUGUGUGUGAAUUUAAUUGUGGCAUCAAUAACAAAGAAAUGAAAAAUGGGACAGAGAAGCUGAGUUUUUAUUUCGUUAGGAAAUGAAAAAGACUACGUCAAGUGAUUGGAAACCUUAAUCGGUAACCUUGCAUUAGAAGCUGGCGUUUCUAAAAAUUGUCGAAUUCGUUUGAUUUCAUAGGACCAAAAAGAAAACUUCUGGCUCCUGUUACUGCAGUUGAACCUCGGUAACUCGAAUUGCCAAGGGAAAUUGAAAUACUUCGAGUUAUCAGGGUUUCGAGUUAUAGGGGUUUUAAACAAAAAUACCAGAAACACUUGAUUAAAGAGGUUUUGUGUUUAUACAUGUUUUAUUUAUUUAUCUAGCAUAAGAGCGACAAAACAAAAGCAUGAAAACUACGAGUAAACGAGAUUAAAUGUAAUCUUCGGUGCAAGAUGUUAUGACUCAUUGGUCCCCAAAAGUGAAAAAUCUAAAAUUACAAAGAAUUAUCGAGGGAGUUAAAAUUUCAAAAGAGGUUAAAAUUACAGAAAAUGUACAUCAUUUUUGCUUCGAGUUCGCGGGGAAUUCGAGUAAUCGGGGUUCAACUGUAUAUGAAUUCCUUUUAUAAGAACAUAUGCAGCUUCCAGGUUUUACCGUCCACCCCAUUCUGUUCAACUCUGUUGUUGCAAUUGCUGGUUAAAAUGUAAAAGGACAAGGUCCCACCGAGACUUGAACUCGGAUCGCUGGAUUCAGAGUCCAGAGUGCUAACCAUUACACCAUGGGACCUACGUGGGAGCCAGGAGAGAGAAAUAUAAAGUGAAUGCAAAUGAAAAUUUUCUAGCUUCGAUUCUGACUUUAACUUCAGAAAAGAAGUAGAAACGGAAUAAGAAAAAUAUCAAGUCAAGCUAAAUGUUGUCUUAAUAUGGCACAGAACUGAACAAAGUUUUUUCAAUGAUUAAGGGUUUAAGUUCCGUAGCUGCUAUUCUGGUUCGUCGGUCGUUACAGCUUAAGUGCAAAUCAUUUACUCCUGAUGUUUCCUCUGUUUUGAAAUUCUGGCAUUUGUUCAGCUAUUCAAAUGAUUCUACAUUUCAUUCUGAAAAUCAGAUUCUAGUAAGACGUAAAUUGUACAAGGGAAAAGUACAGCUUCGCAAUACACAACAAAUGUAGCGUACACCAAAUAAGUUUAUCUGGGGAAGCCUGCCGAGAACCAACCCGAGGCAUACAUAGCCCGAGGCAUGCGUACAUACAUACAUUCGCAACUGAUAUACCAUAUACAAUCCUGAUAUACAGUCAAUUCCUUACACAUUCAAAAAUAGGUAUACAUUACUAACAUGCAAACUUUACCAAGUCGGGAUUAACAGAGAUGGGCAACCGCCUACAAGGACAUUACUACGGUUAUAUACAAUCCUGAUACACAGUCAACUCCUUACAUAUUCAAAAAUAGGUAUACAUUACUACCAUGCAAACUUCACCAAGUCGGGAUUAACAGAGAUGGGCAACCGCCUACAAGGACAUUACUACGGUUAUAUACAAUCCUGAUAUGCAGUCAACUCCUUCCACAUUCAAAAAUAGGUAUACAUUACUAACAUGCAAACUUCACCAAGUCGGGAUUAACAGAAAUGAGUAACCGCUUACAUGGACAUUACUACGGUUAUACGGAGGCCAGAAAAAACCUGCCAGAAAAAACCCCUUUGGGGAAAAAACAUGACAGGAAAUCUUGGUAAGAACCAUGCCCCAAACUCAGAGCAGUUGGCAGCCCGUCUUACGAGGCUUCACAGUUAAAGAAAAUAUGUUGUCAAUGCCUCGUCGAUAUUCAACGCCACAGAAUUUCGAACGUUUUCACCGUUCCACUCAACGACGAUUUCAUAUUUCAAACUCAGGAUUUGCGUCUUCACGAUGACAACAUCACAAACGUUUCUUAUUUGGCUACAUCCUGUAGCCGCAUCGGUGGUAUAGUGGUGAGCAUAGCUGCCUUCCAAGCAGUUGACCCGGGUUCGAUUCCCGGCCGACGCAGUUAUCACAGUUUUGUCCUUAAUACAAACAUCUGUGAACAAUUUUUAUUUAACUUUGGUUUGCCAUUGUUAUGUUAUUUUCAUUAAUGAGAUGUUCUAUCAUUUCAGGAAUCAUACCGGCUGACCAAGAGUUGUUAUAUUUUAAUUUUUCCAUUUUGAUUUUUCCAUUUUGAUUCGCUUUCAAUGCCUCGUCGAUAUUCAACACCACUGAAUUUCGAACGUUUUUUACCACGCGAGAUCUGGGUGCGAACAUGACGGAGCUUUAAAAAUGCCAACAUGCAAAUCAAACAUGGCAGCUCGAUGUGAUCGCGCGAUUGUUAUCUGAAAAGGUGUGUUAAAACAGUUUAACAAGAUGCAGUUUUUAUGUGAUGGAAUCUAGGGUUUUUUCAGCAACAUCACCCGUAAUAUUCAUAAGACUUCUACGCCUGAUAAAGAGGUCAACCGGAAAAAAAACACCGUAAGAAGAUUGUCAAAAGGCGAGAGAUUCGAAAGUUUACGCACGUUGAGAUAUAGAUCUUGACCAAGUUCUUUUCCAUUACGUGAUGUUUUGCGAUAAAGAAAAUAGGGAUCUUUCGAGCAUGAUUUAUCGCGUUUCCUUCGGUGGAAUUUCCUAAGAUUUGCUGGACUGUUAAACAUAUUUGUGCCCUUCUUAGUGCCUGUUGACAGAAAAAAAUUCGUAAGACCAAAUUUGAGAUAGUGGAAGAAAACACAAAAUUGCACAAAGCGAGGAAACUGCUUUUGCAAUAUCCUCUUUUUUUUCGGCUUUAAAUGAUCGGCAGGACAAAUUUUAAAAAUUGUGAAAAUUUUGAGAGAUUCCACUCAAACAAAUUGAAGAAAAUCAAAGGAAAAGCCAAAUUAUCGCUGGCGAGCGCCUCCUUUCGUGGAGCCUUAGCUUAAUAACGAAAAUCAUUUUGAUAAUAUUUACAACAGCAAACAAUAGUCCGAACCUUGCUCAUCGCCUUUUUAUGGCUUUUAGUGACCUUGAAAAGCGAAAACAAAAAUUCUCAAGCAAAACAUAGAGCCUCCUUAAAUGUCUUAAGAAUAUACAUGAUUUAGACAUUUUUGCCUCAUUUCGCUCUUGUAACGAGCCCCUGAGAAAUUUUGAUUAUUAAACACUCGAUGUCCCCUUUAAGUCGAACAGAAACUUUGAAGAAUUCAUUUUUUACUCAGAUUUAUCGCCCAUGGAACGAACUACCUCUCAACAUUAGGGAUUCUAACACCGAGCUAGUAUAUCGCAAGAAAUUGUUUCAUUAUUUUUAUGAUAAGUUCAGUGCCAAUUUUUUAUCGUAAUUAUCUUAUUUCUGUUAUUAGUUUAGAUUAAUUUUUCUAUCUUUUGUAAAUAGUCGUAGACACUGACUUUUUUAACUAAGUAAAUAUUUAAGGCGGCUUAUUUUAAAGAAUCUUGUAUUCUGUAUUAAAUUGUCCCCAAAUUGAUCGAAUUGACUCGAUCAAUGAAAUAAUUUGGAAUUUGUAUUUAAGUUCAAGUUAAAUCUGUUACUAAACAGGCGCACGGUAACAUGGAGUCUACCUUCUUUGUGUAUUCAAUUGUGGCAUCAAUAACAAAUAAAUAAAGAAAAAGAAAAUGAAACAAAGUAGUUUUCUCUAAGCUUUUAUAUCUUAAGGAAAUGAAAAAGACUGCGUUGAAUGACUGGAAACCUUAUUUGAUACCCUGGCAUUAUAGAAGUUGACGUUUUUCAAAAUCGUCGAAUUCGUUUCAUUUCAUUGGAACAAAAAGAAAAUUCCUGACUUCUCUUACUGUACGAAAUCCUUUUAUAAGAACAUAUGCAGCUGCCAGGUUUUACCGUCCACUCUACUUUGUUCAACUCUGUUAUUGCUGUUUAAGAUGUAAAAGGAUAAGGUCCCACCGAGACUUGAACUCGGAUCGCUGGAUUCAGAGUCCAGAGUGCUAACCAUUACACCAUGGAACCUAUCAGACAAAAUAAGUUGUACCCAGGAGAGAGAAAUAUAAAGUGAAUGCCAAUGAAAAUUUUCUCGCUUCUGAUUCGGACUAUAACUUAGAAAAGAAACAGAAACGGAAUAAAAAAAAAAAACGACAUAAAGUCAAGUUAAUGUUGUGUCAAUAUGGCACAGAAACAAAGUUUUCUCAAUGAUUAAAUGUUUAAGUUCUGUAGCUGUUAAAGUUAUUCUGGUUCGUCGGUCAUUGCAGCUCAAGUGCGUAUCAUUUACUCCUGCGUCUCCUCUCUUUUACGAUUCUUGCAUUUGUUAAGCUAUUCAAACGAUUCUACAUUUCAUUCUGAAGAGGUUUCAGUUCUUCCUUGCUCGAUGAACGGAAAUUUUUUUAUCAUUAAUUGCAGGACAUUUUUACCAUCGUCUGUGUCCCGUUCUUUACUUUUAGACAGUGAACUCGAUCUGCUCCAUAGUAACACAAAGGAAAACUCUACCGGGUUUACUCCUCUUUCCCUGAGUGCGCAUUUGUGGAGAUUAAUUUGGGCAUUUUCGAAAGCAAUUUCGCGCUUUAAGUUGGGAUCUAGCUAAAGCAAACACAAUUUGUGUUUGUUCAGGAUAAAAAAACUCAAAUUGGAUCUGAGUUAGUAUGAAUGAAAAGCAGGUUUUUUUUUACAUUUUUAAAGGCACAUUAAUCAUAUUACACCACAAAGCGUUUCUCUUGACUGAAAACAGCCCAUGCCUCGCCUUAGGGUCGUGAGAAAUUCGAGAAAACAUUUGUUAUCCUGUGAUUUUUACAGUUGCUAAUUUCUCAUUAAAGUGCAGCUGCAACAAACGAAGUUUCAUCCACAUUCUUGUCAUAUAUCAAAGCUGGGUUAAAUGUUUGAUCCUUUAAGUAAAUUUCUUGGCAGCCUGAGCAAGCAGCGCACCCAAAAGACGUUUUAAAGAAGUAAAUUCAGCUCUUAUCCUGACCAACUGACGUCAAAACUUAUAUCGAUAAACUUUUUUGAUUGGCUAACGAUGAAAUCUUACAGGAGAAUAUCGUUUAAGUAUUUGAUUCGUACAAAAAUAAAGUCGCCGAAAUUUCGGAUACCAAGCAUAGCUUUUGAAGGGCUUUAGCUUUGAGCACUAACAGUAUCGACCCUUUCUCGAGAAACAGGACAGAAAUGAGGUCAAUUCUUAUUAUGAUCGCUUUCAUUGCAGUUUUUGAAGGUGUUAUGUCACUCCCAAAUCAGGUAGUUAUUAAGGCACCUUUUUUUAAGUAACGGGAAAUACGAAUAUUUUAAAUGCAGGGUUCUAGGAGAUUUCCAUUGAGCAAGAGGAAACCUUAAAUAUUGGCCUGGUAGGACUGGAAAAGUACCAAAAAGGUAAAAAUAUGCGGGGAUGGUAGAGAAUGGCUCAGAUUGCGAAGAGCAAACUUGCAAAACUUCGGCUACUUUGAGUCCACAAACCUCAAAGAGGCUUUAUACUAACUGGCAAAUUUUCUUCCUACCCUUUUGAAAAAUCUAUUUCGGAUCUUUGGCACGAAUAACACCGUAUGAUCAAAAAGCCAUUUUCAGUAAAAACCGACGAUUUUAAGAUUUUUUUUCUCUACAUGUUAAACAAGAAUGAAAAAACAGAGUGAUCUAACUCGUUUUUGAAACAGGGAGUUUAAGGAACGACGACGGCGACGCCGUGGACAAAGUUAAUUAAAAAUUUAACUUGAACGCGAUACUCUAAAGUCAUUUAGCUUGUUUCCCACCGUUAAAAGUAUCUCAAAACUGAACAUGUAACACAGCGUUAAAUUAAAAAUAGAAAUGUAAAAAAUUAGCCGUCGCCGUUCACGUUCUCCAGACAACGCGAAGUUUGGUCAUUUCACGUUGUUGUUUUGCAAAGGACGCAGAGAAAUUUACAAAGAUUUAUAACGCACGUGGAAAGCAAUUGCUCUCAGGCUUAUGAAACCUUUGUUAAGUGACGUUCCCUUUGCUGUCGUAGUUUUCUUAAACUCCCUAAUGAAGUUAAUAAGACGGAAUAACUUUGAGCUUGAUUCGAGAAUUCUGGUUAACUAUGUCUGAGGACAUUUCUUGAUCUUCUACACUUGUUUAUUAUGCAGUCGUCUUGUAUGCUCGUCCGCUUGUUCAUUAUAAGUCGUCUGAUUCCAAAACGUAUUUAAGGAAAAUUGAGCCCGGUUCAGAUGCCGAAGUUUUCUUAAACAGAGAUUAAUUUGAAUUUGGACCCAAACUAAAACUAGAAAAGCAAGCAUAUUGAUUCAGACACUGAACUUAAAAGAGAAGCUCUCAUAUCAAUCAAUCUUAAAAGAUUGUGGCCUGUGUCUUUCCUGUCUCGCAUUUAAAUGAAUGAAAUCUGCGACAAGGCCUGAACAAAUUUUCAGCUACAUCACUUUAUCCUCAAUAGAUUUAUCUCAAUUUUCAUCGAAAUGAAUUACAUCUAAACGUGCAACGAUCAUUGUCAUACUUGGAAGAUUAAGCUGUUGAUGACUAGUUCUCUAAAAUCAUCCCUGUUCUGAAUAUUUUAUUUUCUUUUGUUUUGCAGAAUUCCGCGGAUGAUGGUUCUCAACAUUGGAUACACGGUAUCAAUUAAAAAACUAUACGAUUAUCUUACUCGAUGCAUGGUCAAGUAAUUUCGGUGUUGAAUAUAACCAUAUGAUAAAAAUGUAACAUUUCAACAAAUCUGUAUGCUUAAUUCGAAAUUCAUAAUGCGUAGAUACAGUAUGUGGGACUUUUUGUAUUAUUCAUAUAAUGAAGUGCUCAUGUAUUGCACUUGCUCAGUGCGACAAACUUAUCACAUCCAUUACAGAUGAUCACAAUCAUGCCAGGUCUCGUAGAAACUUAAUUCAGUUCUACAAGAUGAUUGAUUGCGCGACCUCUAACGACCCGUUAAAGUACAAUCAUUACGGAUGUUAUUGUGGACUUGGAGGGAAGGGGACCCCAGUGGAUGGUCUUGAUAGGUAAGGACCCUAAAAUGCUCGUAUACUGUAGGAGGAGAGUACAUUUAUUAUUUUUUUACAAAGGAGCGAUAAAUUUAAAUCCAAUUAAAUUGUGAUCCAUGGUUUGAUUUUGCAUCUUAGCCAUUGAGCGACCGACUGUGGAACUAUGCCGGUUACUUCAAGCGGUCGAACUACCUAUAAGAGUAAGAGCUUGCUUGGUCUUUACUCCGUCGUCUCCUCUUCCUCCUCCGAAUCAUUCAUAUCGAUUCCACCUCAGUUCUUCACCUUCCCAUCCCCUUUUCCGCCCUCGUUUUAUCUUAUCACUACCAUCUACAAUGUUUUAUAUCGAAAGAAGAGCACGAUUCACUCGUGAAUAAUAACCACGAUUGAAAAGUCACACUGAAACUGUUUAACUUAUUUCAGGUGUUGUCAAACACAUGAUGCAUGUUACAGGCGGAUAAACCGCGACAAGCUGUGUACUUUUUCCUGGAACAUCUACACAAAAGUUUACAAGAGAGAAGGAUGCGCUGAAUGUGGUAUGAGGAACUUUUAAAAGGAGUUUUACGAUGGUCAUGUUAAAUAAUUAACCAGAUUGUUUAAUGAAUGUAUUCCAGCGACUUGAUUAUGAGUGUAACUGUCACAGUAUUUAUUCUAAAUCUUUGCGCCAAUGCUUCUCCCUUUUUAUAUUUUGAAUAAGAGUGUAGUAUGAAUUGGGACGCGGACGAAUUCUACCACUUAAAAUUAUUUCUUUCUGUUCGUAAUAAAAAUUUAAUGUACUCUGUGAAUGAGGGAAAACCAAACUUCACAGCCUAGACAUCGUAACACUUUUACUUAAAAUGACAUUUCAUAAGGAUACGCCUGAUUCUGUUGUAGACGAAAGCAUUGUACUUAUUUUGGUUCUUUUUUUGUGUGUGGAUCUUGCAGCCCCUUCAAAUGACAAGUGCCAGCUUGCUAUCUGUCGGUGUGACAGCGACGCAGUGAAGUGCUUUGCAAGAAAUAAGAUUGAUCCUCAGUAUGAAAAUUAUCCACAGAGCAAAUGUAACUAAGAGACGACGUUAAACUCAACAAGAGAGUAUCAAGUUAAGAAAUAAAAAUCUUCCAUAGAAUCCUCAUUCCUAACCACAUUCCAUUUUCCCUGUGAACCCAGUUUUCGGCAACCUGAGGAAGAUUCUGGAAUUAACCUGAUUUAUUGUUCUUUGAUCUAUUAGUUUUUUUGUUUGAUCUUCUUCUGUUUAAUAAAAAUCGUGGAG